AUUUCUCCACAGUCUUCGUUCGCCUUUUUCCCAUUACAAUAUCACAAAUUCACGCGUUUCUAUCUCCCUCUGCCUCUCUCACACUCGCAAUCGCUCUCAAUGAUUCUCUCUAUACCUAUAGUGAAGCUCUACGCCUGCUCAACUGCACCUAGGGUUUCUGCUUCCCAUUCCUCUUCCAGGAUCUCAUACUUCGUUAAAUCUCUCGGCUGCGGCGAACCUCGCAGGCCGACUCGCUCUUCAUGUCUUCUCUUCUGUGCGCCGAAUCCCCGGGAAACGGCGGAGAUGCUCUACGAGAGGAACAGCUCCUCGAAUGUUGCGGCGGUCGCUUCCAGCCCCGCUGUCGAUCACCAUCACGUAUCUCCGCCUCCUCGAUCAUUCCUUGACGCGCGUAGUGAACAAGACCUACUUAUGAUGAUCCAAAAAGAAGCUGAAGCUGGAAGAUUGCCAAUUAAUAUAGCUCAGGGGAUGACAGAAUUGUAUCACAAUUACCGAGAUGCAGUAUCGAGAAGUGGACAUCCCAAAGCUGAUGAGAUUGUAAUGUCUAAUAUGGCUAUUGUCUUGGACCGUGUUUUCUCUGAUGUGCAGGAUCCAUUUCAGUUCUCACCAUAUCACACUGCCAUUCGGGAGCCAUUUGAUUAUUACACGUUAGGUCAGAAAUAUAUCCGACCUUUGGUUGAUUUCAGAAAUUCAUUUCUUGGGAACAGCUCCAUAUUCUAUGAAAUUGAAAAGAAGCUUGAGCAGGGUGAGAAUAUUAUUUUAAUGUCCAACCACCAGACUGAAGCAGAUCCAGCUGUUAUAGCUUUGUUGCUUGAAUCCACUAGCUCAUUCAUUGCUGAGAAUCUGAUAUAUGUGGCUGGAGACAGGGUUAUUACAGAUCCUUUAAGUAAACCCUUUAGUAUGGGCAGGAAUCUUCUAUGUGUGUAUUCCAAAAAACACAUGAACGAUGAUCCUAAGCUCAUUGAUAUGAAGAGAAGAGCAAACACAAAAAGCUUAAAAGAAAUGGCGCUGCUUCUGAGGACGGGAGCGAAAAUAAUAUGGAUAGCCCCAAGUGGUGGAAGGGACCGCCCAGAUCCUGUUACAAAAGAAUGGCAUCCAGCACCUUUUGAUUCAUCCUCGGUGGACAACAUGAGAAGGCUUGUCGAACAUGCUGGAGUUCCUGGUCAUAUAUACCCCUUGGCGAUAAUGUGCCAUGAAAUUAUGCCCCCUCCGUUGGAGGUGGAGAAAGAGAUUGGUGAGCGACGAGAAAUAUCAUUUCAUGGAGUUGGGGUAUCAGUUGGACCAGCAAGUGAUUAUCACAAAAUUUAUUCUGCUUUGGAUGAUCCGGAUGAGGCAAAGUCCAUGUACUCGGAGUUGCUGUAUUCAUCUAUUUGCCAGCAGUACGAUGUCCUCAAAUCUGCAAUAUAUGGCAAACAAGGUCUGAAGGCAUCAAGCUCUUCUGUCUCUCUUACGCAACCAUGGCUGUAGUUCACUUUUGAGCCGUUUUUGCUUUUCCAAAGUUCCAUGAUGCAUUGCAGGUGAGAGAUGUUUUGACUCGGCCACUGACACCAUAAGCCGAAGCAUGGUCUUAGUUGAAUGUAAGAACGCCUUGGCCCCGAGUUGAGCUGGAAGAGAACAAUCGUAUCUCCACUCUCGUUGACGCGGUAAGAAAUAAGAUUGAGAUUAGAUAUGUAAACAAAUGCCUCACAACUUGAGCUUUGUAUAGUCUGUGGAAUACGUGUAUACGCUGCAUUUUUCAUAUGAUCCAUUUUUCCGUGCGCUUACUAAAAGUUAGGAUUAUGUAGGUUACGGGCCUAAGGUUUUUUUUUUUUUUAAUUAUAAGGGAGAUUAGCCACGCUCUUACUAAUUACAAUUAUCAUGUCUUCAAACUUAUUUAUUUAUAUUUUAAUUUUGUAUUGAAA